AGUCUGCCUCCAACACCAGCACUGGUCUCUGGCAAGCUCUGCCCUUUCCUGGCAAAUCCUGCAGGACCAGAGUGUCAGCCAACAGCAUGGCCACAAAAUGCGGAAAGUGUGGCCCAGGCUACCCUACCCCUGGCGAGGCCAUGAAAGGACCCCGGGAGGAGAUUAUCUAUGUGCCCUGUAUUUACCGAAACACAGGCAUUGAGGCCCCAGAUUAUUUGGCCACUGUGGAUGUUGACCCAAAGUCUCCCCAUUAUAGUCAGGUCAUUGAACCCAGUGAAAUCCACUCCAAGUGCAACGUGGGCAAUCUGCACACCAGCCACUGCCUGGCCAGCGGAGAGGUGAUGAUCAGCACCUUGGGGGAUCCCCAGGGUAAUGGCAAAGGUACCUGCUGGCAAUGUGGACUUGGCAAGAACUCAGCAGAUAAGAGGCAUGGGAAACAUUGGGCUGUGGACGAGGCUCAGCUGGGUCUGCUGGUGCAGGAGGGAGGCACCUGGUCCGUGGAGAAGGUGAUCCAGGUGCCCUCCAAGAAAGUGAAGGGCUGGCUGCUGCCCGAAAUGCCAGGUUUGAUCACUGACAUCCUGCUGUCCCUGGAUGACCGCUUCCUCUACUUCAGCAACUGGCUGCACGGGGACAUUCGACAGUACGACAUCUCUAACCCACAGAAGCCCCGCCUUGCUGGGCAGAUCUUCCUUGGGGGAAGCAUUGUUAAAGGAGGCCCUGUGGAGGUGCUGGAGGACCAAGAGUUAAAGUGUCAGCCGGAGCCCCUAGUGGUCAAGGGAAAACGCAUUCCUGGAGGCCCUCAGAUGAUCCAGCUCAGCUUGGAUGGGAAGCGUCUUUACGUCACCUCGUCGCUGUACAGCGCCUGGGACAAGCAGUUUUACCCCGACCUCAUCAGGGAAGGCUCCGUGAUGCUGCAAAUUGAUGUAGACACUGUAAAUGGAGGGCUCAAGUUGAACCCCAACUUUCUGGUGGACUUCGGGAAGGAGCCCCUUGGUCCAGCACUGGCUCAUGAGCUUCGGUACCCAGGGGGUGACUGCAGUUCUGACAUCUGGAUCUGAAGGCUCGCCCCAAUGCCCCUCCUCUAUGGUUUGAGCCCUCCCUGAGGAGCCUGGCCUCACUCUGCUCACUGAGUGGCCACACUGAGACUAGUGAGAUCUACUGAGUAGCAUCUUACGACUGUUGCUUGUUGUCACUGUGCUGUUCCUAAAUGAGCUCUUGAAGCCCCAAGAAAUAAAAUGCUGAGCCUGUCCUCAGAGCACUGUCAUGGA